GUCAUUUCAACGCUAUUUAUACGACUUCAACACAAUGGCCGGAUCUGCUGGAAUGAAAACAAUUAUAUUGCUGGCCUUUCUAUUAGCCAGUGGAAUUCUUUCUGUCAUUUUGUCUUGUGCUCUUGGAAACAACUGGCUGCCUCUCUUGAGUGUUUUAAUGUUCUUGUUGGCUCCUCUUCCCAAUGCAUUGUGCAAGCAUGCUUCUGCAGGUACUUCAAGUGAUUUCUUAUCGGAUGACAGCAACAAAGGAAUUCUAGAUACUGGCUAUUUCAUAACCAGCUUUUUUGUGGUCUCUGGAGUUGCUCUGCCUGUCGUGCUGAACCAUUCUGCAGUCAUCUCAGACCUUGCUCUGAUUCUUUCCCUUUGCGGCGGCUUGCUCAUCUACAUCACCAUCUUGGGCUAUCAGUACUUUUUCGUUGAUCAGACUUAUGAAACAUACUAGUCUUUGCUGUUAGUUACAGUCGGAUUCACAAAAUAGAACUCUUGUAUUUAUCCUGCAGUCACUAUUUUGCUUUGGAAUAGACAAUAGUUGAAUGUUUGUUACGCUUUCCCACUAUAGUAAAAGUCGCAAUUCUUCAAACACCAACAUUCAUCAUAUGAUGCUCACAAUUAAACUAUUUUUGAACCUGC